CACAAAUAUGUUUUAACUGAAGAUAGAUACGCGAUAACACACCAAACUCGACGUUUAGUAAAAAAAUAGAUUCUUAUUUCGGAGCAAUUUAUCGUUCUCUUCUCCUUUGAAGAAAUAAUGAGAAUUUGGAGAUUUAGGAAAAGUGGUUGUGUGUUUUUUGUAAUUAGUUUUGUUGUAGUUUUUGAGUUGAUGGCUAUAAUUCAGCGGAUUGAAGACACAGACGUCGAAAACGUAAAGAGCGUCAAGGGGAUAAAAGGGGAAAAUAAGUUAGUAUUCACAGGCAGAAAAACCGCAAACAUUAGUGCCCAAAAUGUUCAUUUCACAGCAAAACCAAAACACUUCGGAUCAAACAACAAUACAUCAUACACAAAUAAUCCACAGUUGUUUCCGAAUAUGACAUUCCCUUUCUACGAAGCUGAAAUGUACGAGGAUUUCCCGACACUAGAAAAUGCUGAACCAAAAAUUCCUCAUAUUUUACAUCAAACAUAUAAAUCUGAAUUCAUUCCGUUGAACUAUAUACCGACGAUAAAGUCCUUUCUUCAACAUCACCCAAAUUGGACCUAUUACUUCUGGACAGAGGAAUCAGCAAGAAAGAUGAUUGAACAGAAAUUCGCAUACUUUCUACCAGUAUGGGACGGGUAUAAAGAUCCCAUGAAUCGAGCUGAUGCUCUUAGAUAUUUUGUUCUUUAUGAGUAUGGAGGUGUGUAUACAGACUGUGAUGUCAAUUUUUUACGCCCUCUUGACAGAGCAACGAAAUUAUUUUCUGCAAUUUUACCACCGGAACCAUUUGAACACAGUGUGUUUCGACUAAAGAUGCCGUUUCUGACAAACAACGCUAUCAUCAUGAGUCGCCCUAAACAUCCGUUCUUUAAACAUUUGAUGGAUAGUCUAGAUUCUGCAAAGGGAGAGAAAUGGAUGUUGUUGGUCGGAGGACCACUUUUUGUGUACAAUGCAUUUUUAAAGUACAACAAUAUUAACGAAUCUGCAUUAAGUGUAUUCAAAGAUGAGCCCUCUGUUAAAGGAUUAGUACCGUACAACUUGCAAGAUAUUUCGAAAUACCCAAUGGGACAUGAGGACCAUGUGCUCGUUCCGAAUACACACUUUUUCCUUAACACAGUUGCUUAUAGAUUUGAUAAAAACGGUGUGAUGACAUUGUGUAGAGACAUUCUAAAUAACAAAGCGUUUCGGACUGCUCGCAGGAGUAAUGUUUGUAGGAAGAGUGACUUUACCAAAUUAUGCGCGGAUGAAUACAGUAAAACUCCUGAAUUGUGGAAACGUGGCUGCAAUGAGAUUAACAGGAGAAUAUCUCGGUCAAAAGAAGAGCAGUUCAGAUUCACUUUUACAGAACAUUUGUGGUCCAUUUCUUAUGAUAAACCAAAAUUUGACGUAACUAAAACAGUGAACAUAAAAGAUGUUGUGCCUAAAGCAAUUAUAUUUAAUUGAUAUGUUAAAUGAAAUUGUAUUUAUUUAAAAAAAAAAAAAACAAUAAUUGAUAUUCAGAAUGAUAACAGCUAUGAAUAUGUGCCUCUAGCGAAUAGAUUUGUUCCAAUUAUUUAUUAAGUAUGGUUGUUCCAGUGAAGUAUCAAUAAACAUUUCACCGAGUGAUCACAGUAAGGCAUAUUAUCACGAGUGGCUGCAAUUUCCAAUUUCUUAAUUCACGAGAUGGGAAGGGAAGACAAUCCAAUUUCUUUAUUCUAUGGAAGGUUAAUGAAGAAAAAAUAUAAUAUAUUUUGCUUUCUGAUUUGUACAUCUUGCUUUCUUACUUGUACAUAUUGAAUUUUUACUUGUACAUAAUGCAUUAUUGCAUUCUUUACCUGUUAUUUGGGCAUAUGUAUCGCUAACUUUGUGAAAGUUCCUUCGUGUAUCUUGGCUGGUCCAAAGUGACAUUCAACGUUUGCGUAUGCAUAUUAUUUUAUACACGAGACAAACGUGAUAUAUAUGAACAUUUAAUAACGAUUUAGCCGCUUUAAGUACUUGAAGCAGCAAGUCCUUUGACUUUUUACACCCUAAGUGUACAUAAAUGAGUGAAUAUGUGAUUUUAGGUUAAAAUAAAAUAUUUUUGGCGAGAUGAAAUGAGGCAGAAUGUAAAUAAGAACCAGCAAAAAAUAUGACUGGCAAAAAAUAAAUAUACUCUCUCUCUCUCUCUUAUAUAUAAUGUUUCGUGAAAAUAUAUAAGCAAUUUAAUACUGAAUACGUAAAAAACAUUCAAUUAGUAGUUUAUACUUCUAUGUUAUAAGUUAUACAGGUUUUCAAGGCAAAACAAUUGAUAACAACACGCACAUGUGUAAUAAUUAAUAUAACCUUCCAUUCCGGCCAAUGAAAUCACCUUCUGGCUUUCAAUUAGUGUUGUGCCGAUGAUCGAUUAUAAUCGACAUUUGAUCGGAAAGGCCUACGUCGUCGACAAUCGAUAGUGAAAUUUUAACAAUCGAUUAAAGAAACAAGGGACGUAACCGCUACAUACUUAUUUUCUUUUUCUGGUUUAUGCUAGUUAAUGUUGAAAUGUAAAGGUGUUACUAUGUUAAGUUAUCUAGUGAAAUUCUUAUCAAGUCAGUAAGUCACUACAGUACCUUAUACAUUUUUUUGUAAUUUGACUGCUAAAGAAUUGGUUCUCAACUUCUCAUGUUUGUUAGUAGUGAUUUUUAAAACAUGUUACCGUUUACUUCUUACCAUGUAAGAAUGUAGUUUUCUCAGUGUUCUAAAAGAAAAUAUUCUUGUAAAAUACAUAGACUAUUCAACUUCUUGUUG